CUGCCUGCGCGCGGUGAGCGAGCUAUACUUUGUGCAGUUCAGAUAAAGUUUUGUAUUUCCACUCUUAGUCCGCAAAUAUCAUAACCAAGAUGCUGUACACAGUYUUGUGUGUUGUUCAAUUAGCCAUUGGCGUUUUGAUGUUUUCAUUUGGAAUCGUUGAUCGCACUGCCAUCCAAGUUCAAUUCAGUUUUCUGAUGCUACCGAUAUGGAUCGGAAUACUGGCUGGUUUGACUGGCUUGUUUGGUGUUUUGAUUGGACUUCGCAAUAAACGCCAAGGUUAUCCAAAUGUCAACAUGGUUUCAGCCAUCAGAGCCAUCAAUACCUUGUGUGUUGGACUCUCCCUAAUCUUAUUUUAUAUGUACGGCACUGUGCAGUCCUACUUUGGCUUACGUGAUGCCUACAACACAGCCAUAGAGAAUCUUCCUGAUGAUGACCCGGCCAGRAAGAAAUACUUCCCAAUGCCAGCCCUAAGUAUCCCAAUUGAUGUUGUGACUAAUAGCGAUACAAUCCAAGGUGUUUUGGCAGCCAUCAUGAUAUUAUGUUUGGCUGAGAUGUUUGUUGGCUGCUGGAUGGCYAUGCUKGAUAAGGAUCAGAUGAUGCUUCMGRCKCAAAGUCAGCARAAUGCAGUAAGCGAAAAAAUAAUAAAAAAGAAUUGGGUGUGGGGAUCAUCAAGUUCAUUUUUAAUGAAUUAA